AUGUCAAGGGAAGUAACUGUGAUUGAAAUGGGGAACGUAAACAAGAAAUUGUGUGCGGAUGUAAAAGAUUGACAACAUUUAAGUGUUUCCGUAAUGCUUUGAACAUGCUUUCCUGAUUCAAUUCUUAAGAAUGGAAAUUUACGUAGCUAUUUCCGAUUUUACGCCACCUAUCGCGGACGGAUCUCAAAACAUCCUCGAAUUUCAGAAAGGUGACACUUUCGAAAUAUUUGACUGUCACAAAACUGAUGCAGACUGGUGGGGUGCUAGAUCUUUAAAAACAAACACUGUUGGAUAUGUGCCAUCUAGAUACAUGCAGUAUGAAGAAAGAAGAAUAGGCAAGCUGCUUCCAUCCGGUUAUAAGGACCAGAAGCAGACAUCAUUAAAAAGGUUGUCUGAUAUACAGAACAGUCCUGACCAUAGAGCUCCAGAGCAAGUGAUGCCGGAAACGCCAGUACCGGACUACGGUGAUGCUGCCACACCGGAAAACCAGAAUGUUUUUAAAUUUGCCCAAAAAUUUCAAACUGUUUUAACAAAUAUCCAGAAAAUAGAGGAUAUGUAUAAUGAUAAUAUGGAGCCUGAACCAGACUAUAAUGACGAGGCAGAUGUGGUUGCCAUGGAUACCAUAAAUGCCAACAAGGAACGAACACCGUCGCAAUCCUCCGAUGACGGUAUCAUCGUACCAAAGAAACUUCCCAAUCCUUGUGUUGAAUCGCCCACUAGACAAGCAUUGCAUAAAGAAUUAUUGUUAAAUUAUAAAAGGGGAGUUAAUGUGCUGGAGAAACCAGAAUUAAACAAGGUAUUACAGAAUCGCCGCGAGACGCAGCGACGUAAAGAAUGGCAGGAACAAGCAUCUAGUAAACGUACUAGCCUGGAGAUGAAACUUGAACAGAGAGCUACACGGUUAAAGGAGGAUGAAAUGAAAACAAUUACGGAGAAAGACGAAUCAGAAAAGCCUGAACUCCAAAAAGCCUUCGCAAAGUUCGCUCAGAAAUCAAAUGGCAAUGUAAAGUGAUCAGAUUCUUCACAGACAAACCUCCUCCCCCAACUCCCAGUGCUUUCAGUCAUUUUCAGUCAUUGUUGCUCAUUUGUUGCUCUUUGGUAUCAAUAGUUUAUCUUUUGCUUCCAUUUGGAACUUGAAUUUUCAAAACAAAAACAAAAGCAGACAAUAUAGAUUACAAAAGCAUGAUGGGUAAUUUUGAUGCAGGAAUUUGCUGUAUAUGUUUUGUUUUUCAUUCAUUUAAAUGGUCAUUUAAUAUGGUUAUAUUUAGAUAGAAUAUAAAUAUAGUUAGGUGUGUAAAGUAAUUUUGAUAUUGUUAAAUGUAUACUUGUUGCUGAUAUAUAUAUCAUUAUUGCAUUAAUUUUAUUUUAUAAAAAAAAAUACAUGAAUUUAUUCCUCUAAUAUUUAUUGUACGAUUUAUGCCUUUCAACUAUUAUGAGAAAUAGCAUAAUUGUUUAUUUUACAUUAUGUGCAGAGUGUGAGUGUAAAGAAGGGGCAUAACUUUAAUUUAUGUGGUAACCUGAAUUGUAGGGGGAUUAAGGGGCAUUCAGCCAAAAGAAACUUUGCUGGCUCUGGAAUGUCAAAGAUGCAUUUUUGGCAUACAUUGAGUAAAAUGAGUAUUGCCAGGUGGUUAUUGGAAAAUGAAGUAAGACAAAUAAAUGAUUUUUAUUGUUUCACUUUCUGCUGAAAAAAAAGUGUAGACUGGGCCCUACUCAGGCUAUAGAAGUUAUGCUACUUAAAGUUUAUGUGCAUAGUAUUUAUAGAUAAAAAUAUCUUUAAAAAUGAUCAUCAUUCAAUUUCUCAGAUUAUUUGUGACAAAAUCUGAAAACGAGAAUAAUCGAAACCAGGCCUUUACAGUGCAUAAUUAAUAUUCAUGUUGCUCAAUCAAAUUUCAGUAUAUUAUCUUUCUUCUUUAAAAUCAGAUUUUUUUAUAAGAAAUGUAUCUCCACUUUUUUACUUUAAUGCUUCAAUUGUUUGCAUAUUAAUACUUCAUUAUUUAAUUGCAUAAAUUGUUUUUAUUCGUUUAUCACUUAUUUUGACACAUGUACAGUAUAUGUAGUGUUGCGCAUGAUUGUAAAUUGAAUCAAAAGUAAUCUGAAAUUAAUGUUAAUUUGUUUAUUUAUAAAAAAAAAACUUUCCCAUUUUAUGCAAAUUUUUCAUUGAAUCUUGAAUUUUUAUCCAAGUUCAUUUUGUUGAAAUUGUCUUGUUACAAAAAAAUUCAUUUUAUCAUGCCGAAUGAAGAAAAUGUCAAAGUUUCAAUUACAGGUUUAAACAUAAUGAGAUAAAGUAUUUUUCAGUUGCGGUCUUUAUGGCUGAGUGGUUACGAUCUCUGACUUUUUAAUCACUUUCCUCUGUCCACUUUAUGUUCAAAUCCUGCAUUGGAUAUUGUAUUCCAGCUAGAUUUUAUAAUGUGGUAGGUAUUUUUUCUCAAAUACUGGCUAAUGUGUCUGAAAGUAUGCAUUUGGAGUAGAUGCAUGGUUUUUGUCAAUAGUUAAUUAGAAAGUUGACAUAAUUAUAACUUUGUCUGUGUGACUUAAACCUUGACAAAAUAGAGGGAGCAAACAUUAAUAUAAAACCAAGGACCACUAUUAAGAUAUCAGAGGGACUAACUGUUACAAAAUGAAAAAUAUUUGCCCAUAUUUUAGCAAUUAUUAAAUAAAUGAUCAAAUGUAGAUAAAUAUUUAAAUUUUGACAGUCUAUUAUCAUAAAUAUAAAAAAGUACAACUAGGGAGUAAAAUGUAUCAGCUGGCAUGAGCUUUAUCCAAUCAUUUGUAAUAAUAAAUAGGAGAAAUAUUUGUGGGAGUAAAUUAUACUGGCUAUGUUUGAAUGUAGGAUAAAAUACUGUUUUGCUGUAUAAUGUAUGAUUAUGUUUAAAAUUAUAUGAAAUACUACAAAUUGUGUUAAUAUUAUGAACUUAUCACCUGGACCAAUUAUCAUCAUCAUUCAUUUAUAGACAUUAUGUAUUAAGAAAUACUGUAUAUUAUAUAUGCAAUUAUGUUUUAUACACAUAAUUAAAAUCAUUAUAUAAUAAAUUAUAUUAUUUUUAUGGUGUCACAGAGUAAUGUAUUUGAACGCAAGUUUGCCAUAUUAAAUUUGUUCUUGUAUUACUGAAAAAUUACUGGUGUGACAAUACAGGUAAAUUUUAUUGUCGAUGAUAAAAAAAACAUACAUAUAAUAUUAUUAAAAGGCAUUGUACUAUGAACAUGACAGUGGGUUCAUGUUUCAUAUAAAAUAAUGUUCAUUAUAUUAUACUAGCAGUUAAAGUAAGCUGUUCUUCAAUGUAAUAAAACAAACAAACAAAAUGUUUUAUUUAUGAGACAUCAGCUUUAUAAUCGUGUCAUAUAGAUAUUAUCCUUUUACCUGUAUGUAAGUUUGAUUGUGAAAUUUGGGGGGAAAAUUACUUAUAAUUCCACAUAUGAAAGCAUAUACAAACAUUGUAAAGUCAUCAGGGUAUUUCUUUAUAGAUUAAUCCUCAAUUUAUUAUAUCUUAAUAUGAUAUGUAUAUUUUUUUACUUCAAACUACUUGCAUUUUACCCCUGUAGGUUCGAAUCUGGCCAGGGACUUUGAAUCCUUCUGUGUGAGGAAGCUAUCCAGCUAGCUAAUGGAACGUUGUUGUUCUACUCAGGUGCCCAGCAUAAACCUGAAUGAAUGCCUGGAGGAGCAUCUGAGAUAUAUUUUCACCAGUAAAGCUGGAAAGUCACCAUAUUAUCAUUACAGUGCCAGUAUGACUUAAAACCUAACAAAACAAAGAAACAAAAUAAAUAGUUCCUGAUAGUUACAAUAUUUAUCUCCCUUGCCAUAUGUGACAGCAAUUUUUGGGAUCAAUAUUCUAUAUAGUAUAUAAUAUGUUUGAUAAAAUCUCAAAGAAAUCAAUACACACAGCCAAGUUACGUGACUUGUCAAAUUCUUAAAUACAGAUGCAAGAAAAUAUAAUAGCAACGAUACUUUAUAGAUUUUUAUCUGUUUUCAUGAAGAUAAUAUAAUUAUGAGAGUUUUUUUUAUCUUAAGCAUAAUUAUAAUAUAUUAGAAACAACCAUUUAAAUGGUGGCAAGGGGAGAUAAUAAUUGCUAUGUGAAGAGCUAUAUAAAUAUUUUCCCUCAGUCUAUAAAUACAGUGUAUCUUAUGAUAUAUACUUAUCCUUGAUAUAUAUCCUCAGUAUUUAUCCUUUUAUGAUAUUUUGAUAUAUAUAUAUUUUAUCUUCGUUAUGAUAUCUAUUGAUAUAUAUAUUUACCAAACCACCCUUUUAAAGUUACAAGGUAACUGGUACCUAAUCUAAUCUACAUUCUAACACGACCGGGUCGGACCCGCAUUUCCCCUAUUAAACAUAGAAAAACCGAAAGUGUGUGUUAUUAUGCUAUAAAAUCACUGUUUGACGUUCUAUAUUUAGACGUGUGACGUAAUCAUUAUACAUGUGACAUAACCACUAAAAAAAUGUGACGCGCUGACAAUAAGAACGGAAACAAAUCAGGCGCUAUUUAGCUAAAUAUCAGGUACGACAGCAUUUAUUUGUUGAUGUCGUGUUAGAAUCGAAAUAAUAUAUCCAAAUCGGUGAUUUUAUUGCUUAAUAACAUCACUGUUUGUCGUUCGGAUGCGCAUCAUUAUAUCACUCGGGCUACGCCCUCGUGAUAUAAUUCCUCGCAUCCGAACUCUAAACAGUGAUGUUAUUGAGCAAUAAAAUCACAGUUUGGGAUAUAUUAUUUCUUAAUUAAAAUGAAAGGAUGUGUAUACAAAAUGGAGGUUUUGUCAGAUGAGUUUUAAAGUUGCCAGUAUGCAGUCAACCUCGGUUUACUUAAAUACUAAGACUGUGUUAUGACUAUUAGGGUUCCAAAUAAGCAUUUGAUACUGAAUAUUUGACCUUAUGACCACCAUUUUCAUUUGAUUGUAUGUGUCAUUUAAGUGCUAUUUUAGUACAACAAGAAACAAGACCAGGUCAUUUAUUUCUAUAUGUGCCAGAAAUCAGAACCAUAACUGCCAAAUGGUGCAUGGCAACCUACUUUAAAUUGUUUAGUGUUACAUCAUUUAAUUUUUUUAUUUUGCUAGCCCGUAACUGUUAAAAAUUCAUCAAUGAUACUUAAGUUAACACUAAAUUUGUGAAGUGGACUUAUCCAGUCUAAAAUUCGGAACAGUCCAUUCCAAGUUUAAGGGAUCUCUAUAACAAACUUCAAAAAUUCAGCUACUACAAGUAUAGAACCUUGACAGAUGACAUGGAUGUGCCUGCUGGUUUGGCUAUGUAGCCGUAAAAUAGGUCGACCACAUUUGGUUCCAGCAGGUGAAGGGUCAAGGUCAUUUAAGAGUAAUGACUGAGGUAUGAAAUUAGUGGGUGAAAGUGAACUUUUCUUGUUUUGUGUCCUAAAUAUAGAAAAUUGAGCCGCAUCACGACAAAACCAACAUAGUGUGUUUGCGACCAGCAUUGAUCCAGACCAGCCUGCGCAUCCGUGCAUUCUGAUCAGGAUCCAUUCUGUUUGCUUACCAACCCUAUAACAAGUAGAGAAACUGAUCGCGAACAGCAUGGAUCCUGAUCAGACUGCCCAGAUGCGCACAAUGUAAUUUUUGUCGUGACGCGGCUCAUUAAUAUGUAUGACUGAACUUCUUUUCUACAUGAAUGUAAAUUUUUCUUGUUUAUUUGACGGAGAGUUUUGUUUUUUGUUUUGAUAAUAGCAUAAGAGAUUAGAGAUAGAUUAUUUAUAAGUUUAUUCUGGGAUCAUAUACAAUGUAUGUACAUUGUUUUGUUGAGUUAGCUUGAUAAUAGUUGAGUUUAUUUACGCCUCAUGUUGUGUUAUAUAUAGACAUCCACAUUUCAUUCAGUCUGAUACCUCAUAUUUGAUAGAAUAAUAAUUUUGUUCUUCUUUUAUUUGAUAAGGAACAAAAUUGUUUUAUAGGCUAUUUUUGAUUAAUCUUUUUCCUCAGAAGGAGCAUAAAGUUUUCAUGUCUGUUUUCUUAUACAUGUAUUUUUUUCUGAUCCUCAGUGUUUAUGUUAUUUCACUAAUCAUCAUUUUUUCCUGUUUUUUUUUUACUCUUCAGUAUAAUUAUGGAAGACCAACAAUGUCAUAAUUAGAGAAUUUGAAAAGAAAAUUGUAAUAAUUUGUCUUUAUUUGUAUAUUAUGUAUAUGCAUUAUUUGUAGUCAUAUGCUUGCAUAUUUCCAACAAAACAUAUAUGUUAAAAUUAUUGUGUUUGUUGUCAUACAAUUUUAUUAUGUCCAAACUUGAUCCAAUUCAGUUUGCCCUCCUGACAUUUGCUAUUAUGUUGCUUUUUUAUAGUCUUAUUGUCAUAUUUGAUGAGAUUUUCCACAAAAAAGGGCUUUGAUAUUUAGGGUAUAUGAAUAAUAAUUAAAUAAGACACCAGA